GCGCACAGGAAAGCAGCACAUCCGCAGCAGAAACACACAUCUGGAUUUGCUUUUUUGGAGGAGUGAGAAACAUGGAGCAAGACAUAAAAGCAACAACACUGUCAAUCCUUUCUACAAUUCCUACGACCGUCUCCUGGAACAACCUGACCAAUGACACCCAGUGUCCGCAUUGGGAAGUGUGGGACUGGUUGUACAUCAUGCAGCCUGCUUACAUGUUCAUCAUCUGCGUGCUGGGAAUUCUCGGGAACGUCUUCGUCCUGCUGGUCUUCGGCCUGCAUAAGAAAGCAUGUACGGUGGCGGAAAUCUACCUCGGAAACCUGGCAGCCGCCGACCUCCUGUUGGUUUUGUGUCUGCCGUUCUGGGCGAUCAACAUCGCCAAUGGGUUUGAAUGGCGAUUCGGGUCGGUCAUGUGCCGUCUGGUCAACACGGGCAUCAGAAUGAACAUGUUUUGCAGUAUUUACUUGCUGGUUUUGGUCAGCGCCGAUCGUUACGUCGCACUCGUCCAUGCCAUGUCACGCGGUAGAAUGAGACGACCUCGAUACGCCAAGCUCAACUGCAUUGCCGUUUGGUGCUUUGGAUUAAUACUCAACAUCCCAACACUUCAUUUCCGGGAUACUCAAUUCAUCCCAGAGCUGAACAUCACGGCUUGCAUUCUGGACUAUCCGAGUCCCCAUGUCGGCCUCGUUUGUGACAUCCUUCUCAUUUUGCUCGGCUUCAUCAUCCCAGUUUUGGUGAUCUCCUACUGCACGCUGAAGAUCAUUCGAGCCCUGAGCGAGCAAGUCGUCGACCGCUUUAAUGCGGAAAACACGGAAAGAAAAGCCACCAUCCUGGUGCUGGUCGUGCUGUUGGUGUUUCUCUUGUGUUGGGUGCCGUUUCACCUCGUGACCCUCAUGGAUAUCCUGAUACGCUUCGGUGUCCUCGGUGGAUGCAGCUUUCAAUCCGGUCUCGACAUCUCCAAUCAGAUAUUCACAUAUCUGGCUUUGAGCAACAGCGUGCUGAACCCGAUACUCUACGUGAUUGUGGGCAAGAACUUCAGGAAGAAAGUCAAAGAGCUGAUGAAGCAACUUACAGAGAAGAAAACAGAUUCAACAAACGGUUCUACGAGAUCACAGCUCUCGUCAACCUUAAAGACCUUCACGACAUAUUAAGACCAUUAUGCAAUAUUAUACAAUGUUCAUAGGUAAUUAUAAUUUAUAAUGUUUGUUUAAUAUGUCAGUUUUUAUGUAUACUGUAAUUUUUUUUAUUUUUUUUAAAAUUGUAAAUAAAACAUAUUAUUGGAGUGUUUUACAAGAAAACACUAUUUUAGUUUUUCUUCUUCAAAAUUUCACAUUUAAUUCAAUGCCAUUUCUUUGUAAUUCUUUGUGAAAUUUAGCAAUUUUUGAGUGAAAGUAAAUUGUACACCAUUUUUUUCCAGGUUACAAACGGUGUACAUCUUUCAUUUUAUGUUUUGAGACAGUGGUGUUUUUGAAAGUAAUUUUUUGUAUGCUGAUGCAAUGCUGAUGUUAAAAAUAAUUAAGGUCUGAAAUUAAUGGAAAGAUAUUGCAAUCAAACUCACAAUUACACUCAAAACUCCAGAUUGCAUAGAUGUUUGCAUGUCACUUUGCAUAUUAAGCAUCUGCUAAAUGAAUAGUAGCAUUUUCAAAUCUGUGUUAUUAUUACGAAAUACUUAAAAGCCCACUGAAGUGCCUUGAAAUGCGCAGCAUUAUUCAAUGUGUUUACGUAAUUUCAACUGAAACAGGAAGAUAGGGUAGGAUAUAUUGAACAGCUCCUCCCCUUUUUGUAAAAUAGCCAAUAGCAUUUUGUUUAUAUCACAGCUCAGCCAGAGCUGUUGAACUCAGUAAAGCCUCAGUUUCCUUCUAAUCUCUAACCGUUUCUCCUCCUGUGCAUAAUUUUAAAUGAGUCUGAUACGUUUUAUGGUCUGUGCAUAUGAAAAGUUACGUGUACAUGAUCCGCUCUGUGCUAUCGUAUCUCUGGACUGUGGUUCGCCUGACACUAACAUGAAACCAGACUUCAUUCACCUCAAUGGAAAGCAUAUUUACACUGUCUGAAUCAUUCCUUUCCUCCAUAUAGUGCACUAUGUGCCAUUCACCAUGUAGAAAUCUAGUAGUUGUGUGAACAAAUGAUUGAUUUCAGCUGCAGCUUCAGCAUCUAUUUAUAAUGUAGGGGGCGGGACGCUUCAGAUUUUAGAGAUCAUUUGAUUGGACAGAAAAGCUGAAGUGCAGAGUGAUGUCAUCAAAAUCAUUGAUCCAUAUUGGCGGUACAUUUUAAAUGCUUAUAUCUUCUAAAUGUGAUUUUUGUCAUUGUUUUGGGAGUACAGUAUAGCUUAUAGAUAACAGUGAUGACAUUUUGAUUCAUACAUUAGGACAAUACAAAGGCACUACUGUGGUAAUAUGGCACUUUUUGUGUGUGUAAUGCAUGUUAAAUAUCAGACAAAUACAGACAGAUGACGAUCAGAAAUACAGACAGAAUCUCUUCUAAAGAGAUUGUAAAACGCUAGGCAUGCUCUUGCUGACUUUGUAAAUGGUUACAAAGACAAACUGGGCAUUAUACACUAAAUGACUAGUUGUUCUGAACAUAAACUCACAUGGAAACAUGAGUGAAUAGACGCAGUCAGUAUGGACUCUACAGAUCACAACAGUUAGAGGUGAGUGGUGUUUAUUAUCAGUCAAAUAUUGAGGCUAAUUUGUUAUGCGAGUUCUGUUAAUUUACUUUUGUAUUUUUAUUGCAUUUUAUUGGCAGAAGGAGAAUGUUUUUGAUAUGCAGUGUCAGUGUCCAUCAUACACUACUGUGAUAUUUGUGAUAUUUGUGAUAUUUAACUCCGACUGCCUGAAAUCUGCAGAACGGCGCAGACUUUCAGCAACUAUUGUUGAAUAUAGACUGCAAAUCAGGGCAAAAAUAUGAGCAAAAGUUACGUAGUGUCCAGGCUUUAAGAGAACAGCUCUCAUCAACUUUAAAGAUAUUAAAGGGAUAGUUAGACAUAGAGACAGAAAAUUGUGUCAUCAUUUACUCACCCUAAAAUUGUUCCAAACCUGUAUGCAUUUUUUUAUUCUGCUGAACGCAAAAUAUAUAUUGAC